UUCUGUUUAAUGGUUAGGUUACGCAAAACAAUCGUGUUAUUUAGUCUUUGGAAAACCAGCAGAGAAUCACAAACCGGCCGAAAGUAAAAGUUGGUUAUUUAGUCAAAAUGUCAUUUCCCGAUAAAUCCGCCCGAUCAAAGUGCUGGGAUGCACGUGACAAAUACUGGGAAUGUCUCGACAAAUACGCGCCAGAAUAUUCAUCAACCAGCGGCCAAGACGGACCAAGUGAAUGUGCUAAACUUCGAAAAUUGUACGAAACCAGCUGUCCUGCACAAUGGGUCAAACAUUUCGAUCGCAAACGAACAUACGAACAAUUCAAGGAAAAAAUGAACUCUGGCUACGAUCCAGUUACACAAGAAAAACUCAACAAAUAGGCAUUUAAUUAAAUUGUUUCUUAUUGUAAUAGCAUUUCAUGUGAAUCAUACGAUAACAACCAACAAAAAAUUAUAUAAAUAAAAACCAGUAGGCGCUUAGUUCAAUGAGGAAAAAUUGAAUAAAAAACACAAGAAAGUUUUAUC